UCAGAACAUGGCCCUGAAAACUGUGCUCAACACACCGAUGGACACACCUUAUUUCAAGCUCCCACCAAUAACUGUGAAGGUGCUCAAACUGGAGGACCAGUCAAAAGUGGUGUCUUGGGACUUUGGCGCCACAGUAAAGGCGGCCACCAUUAAAAAUAACAAAGUGGCCAUUCUGUCUGAUGGCAGCAGUGUAAUAAAAGUUACCAUUUAUGAGGAGUAUGCCUCAAAAAUCACAGAGGGGGGUACCUAUGUAAUAAGGGGGUACACACUGCGCGGGCAGUUUCCCCCAUAUUUUAUGAAUAUAGCAAAAAACACGAUGUUUUUUCGAGGAACCACCCUGCAAGUGCCGCAAAACCUUCUGGAGGAGGCGGAGGCCCUCCUCCACCCUGCCUCGCCAUUGACCUUGAUCAAGGACUGCACAGAGGGGCAAGGUUACAUGUCAGUGCAGGGAGAAAUAAUUGAGAUGUUUGCGGUUAAAAGGGUACGGAGUGGAAAAGAAUUCGUCCCAACCCGGAGGUUGACAUUGGAGCAGGAGUCCAACCGAAUCUCCAUCACCCUUUGGAGGGAAGCUGCCAUGGCAGCAGCAAACAUUGGGGAGCUGGUGAUCAUCAGCCAUCUAAAGGCCACUCGCACCGACUAUGGGAUCCAGCUCCAAUCCUCACAGCUCACCAAGAUUGAGAAGCCAAAACUGCAAACUAUAUAUGGAGAAAUUAUUGGGGUGAUGGACUUGGAGUGCAGCGGUUGCAGCGGUUGCAGCGGUGGCAGCAGUGGCGGUGGCAGUGCCAGCGCCAGUGGCAGUGGCAGUGCCAGUGCCAGUGGCAGUGGCAGUGCCAGUGGCAGUGGCAGUGGCAGUGGCGGCAGUGCCUGUGAGGUUCAGCUGCAAGUUCUGCUGGAGAGUGGGGAAGUAUUCUCCAUUGAGAAGGCUACAUGGGAGCCUUUUGAAGCCAAAUUAAAAUUAGACACGAUCAGGGUUAAAUGA